AUCUGAAAGAGUGUUUUUUCGUCCGGAAAAUUUUCCGGAUCCUUGUUGCGUGAACGUUUUUCCUCUAUACAUCCAGAAGUGCAGCUCAGGAAUGUCUUCACCUGCACCGAAAUCGCCGGAACUGUCGGACAAAAGCCGUAAGUACGACCGUCAGAUUAGACUGUGGGGCGAACACGGUCAAUCGCUGCUGGAAAAUGCACAAAUUUGCCUGAUCAAUGCGACGGCUCUGGGGACGGAAAUCCUCAAGGGUGUGGUCUUGCCCGGCGUCGGAGGGUUUACCAUCGUCGACAGCGGCAUCGUCACGGAGGAGGACAUCGGAUGCAACUUCUUUCUGGAUUCGGCUUCCCUCGGUCAAUCGAGGGCCAAAAGCAGCAUGCAACUGCUGCAGGAACUGAAUCCCGACGUGAACGGGGACUACGUGGACGAGAAUGUGGACCAGCUGAUGGAUUCGCAGGCGGAUUUCUUCAAGAACUUCGAUGUGGUUGUGGCAACGGCCGUGAACGAGCGGACAGUCUCGCGGCUGUCGAGUUUGCUCUGGGACCAGCACAUUCCGUUGGUCGUGUGCCGAUCGGUUGGAUUCUACGGCGUGGCAAGGCUGCAGGUCAAGGAGCACUGUGUGAUUGAAUCACACCCGGACAGUCGCCAGAGCGAUCUCCGGCUGGAGCAUCCGUUCGAGGCACUGAAGAAGCAUAUGGCCGAAACGCAGCUAACUACAAAGGUACCUUGGCUAGUGGUGAUGUACAAGAGCCUGCAGGAAUGGGUUGAGAACCACGGAGGACAGUAUCCAGCGAAUUAUAAGGAGAAGUCCGAACUAAGGGAACUGAUCCGCAGGAAGAUGACGGCAGAUGAGGAGAAUUACGAGGAAGCAAUCAAAGCAGUUAAUUCCAGCUUCGGAGGUGGAAAGCCGGGUUCGUCGAUCAGUGAAAUCCUGUCCGAUGAUAGCUGUGCAAACGUAAGGAAAGAGAGCAAUGCCUUCUGGAUUUUGGCUCGUGCCUUGAGGGACUUUGUUGAGAACGAAGGCAAUGGGCUGCUGCCGCUACCGGGAGUCCUACCGGACAUGACUGCAGAUACCAACUCGUACAUAAACCUGCAGAACGUCUACCGCUCGCAAGCUGCUCACGACGCCGAAAUUGUGUAUCGCCGGGCUCGCCAGUUGCUGAAGGAGUUGAACAAGCCGAACGAUUUCAUCACCGAGAAAGAUGUCCGUCUAUUCUGCCGGGAAGCGGCCAACCUGGCCAUCGUUCGUGGAUCGAAAAUUUCCGACGAGUACGAUAAGGCGUAUAAGGCAUCGCAAAUUUCGUCCGCUUUGGAAACGCCCAACUCCUUGAUGGCUCACUACGUGACUCUCCGGGCGGUGGACAAGUUUCAGGCCGAGCACGGUUACCUGCCUGGCGAGUGUCAGGUAGAGGGCGACACCUCCCGAAUCAAGAGCAUUGCCGCGAAGAUGAUCAACGAAUGGGGCAUCAACACUCCGAUUAGCGACGAUCUGGCCCACGAAAUCUGUCGCUAUGGAGGUGCGGAAAUUCACAGCAUUUCGGCGUUCUUCGGAGGGUGCAUUGCCCAUGAACUGAUAAAGCUCAUCACCAAGCAGUAUAAACCGUUCGAUAAUACGAUUGUCUACGAUGGAACAACUUCGCAAACGGAGACUUUCAAGCUGUAGAGUGAUUAGUUGGCGUGAUGGUAAGAUAUCUUGAGUCGUACUUUUUGGUUAAA